UAAUACAGAGCGUCCAAGACAAAGUCAGGUUUGACGAACAUCAGCUGCGUGGCCGUGCGUGCCCAGAUGUUGGCUGAAUUCGUGGUGAAGCAAAUGUCGGGACCGGAUCGACUGGUCAACUGCAUCGAUCAUCAGUUGGAAGUACAUUUGAAAGAAAUCAAGAAGAGUAUAGAGACCAGUGUCGUACCGUUGGGCAUGCUGCGCGUUGGUUCCUAUCUAGAGAGAGCCUUACUGUUCAAGGUGAUAGCGGAUAGAGUGCAUCUACCUGCUGCUUUGGUGCGUGGAGAGUACGGGAAAGCUUGGAUCGAAGUAGCUGUGCCCGAAGUAAUACCUUAACAAUUCAUUUAAAUCACUAUACAGUUACACAGGGUGCUCUACUCUAACCCUUUGCACUCUUUCACCACCAGAUUUACAGUGAAACUAUAAAAUUUCAUAUUUAAUACGUUGAACGC